AUGGACGGUACUCGCGUGAACAAAAGCACAAGCGAAACCCUUACAAUUGCAGCGGCGUCGCCGGCCAUGAAGUCGCCGAAGAGCCUUGUAGACUCCGACGGCGGUGGCGAGGUCGAGUCCCGGGGAAAGCUACGGUCGUCGAGGUUCAAAGGCGUGGUUCCGCAGCCGAACGGCCGGUGGGGGGCUCAGAUCUACAAGAAGCACCAGCGCGUCUGGCUCAGAACCUUCAACGAAGAGGAAGAAGCCGCCCAGGCGUACGAGUUGGCAACCCUGCGCUUCCACGGCCGGGACGCCGUCACCAACCUCAGGCUGCUAGCGGCGGAAGAAGCCUUUUUAAGUUCCCACUCCAAGUCCGAGAUCGUCGACAUGCUCCGGAAACACACUUAUAACGAAGAGCUCCACUAA